AUGUCGCCUCAACAGACAGAGGCACUCAAAAUUCUCGCGAUCGGCGCGCCGCUCUCCGAGCUAGACCUCCUCGCGCAAAAGGUCACGGCGAUCAACUCGAAGCACGGGCCAUUCGAUGCGUGUGUUGUCGUGGGAGAUCUCUUCAAGGCCGACAGUGACGGAAGCGAGCUAGAUGGUGUAGCGCUGCCGGUGCCGACGUACUGGACCGUGGGGAAGAAUAUGCUUCCCCAGCGCGUACUUGAGACGCUCGCAAAGGGGCCUGAGGUUGCUCCCAAUCUCGUCUAUCUCGGCAAGUCUAGCGUCUUUACCACUGCUCAGGGGCUCAAGAUUGCAGUCGCUGGCGGUGUGUACGACCCGGCUAUGUACGAGUCUGGCGCAAACCCUGGCCCGUACACGCCCGUGAUUACGCAGAACUCUAUUGCGCAGCUCCUCUCGCACAAAGAGAUCUCCGGGUUAUCUCAGGACUCGAUGCUGGAGGCGGCGAAGGAGAAGGCGAGCGCUCUUCCCCCAGCGUUCCACGGUGUUGACAUCUUCAUCACUACCUCGCCACCACCUUCUCUCAGCCUCCUUUCGCCUUCUUUCCCGUCCUCUGGCAUCUCCCUAGCCACGGCUGCGCCACCUCUCGCCGAACUUGUUAAGCUCUCGCGCCCACGUUACCUCUUCUGGGCUGACGGGGAUGGUUUCUGGGAGCGCGAGCCGUUUGGCUGGCCUGGGAGUAAAAGCGACGAGCGCUGGACGCGUGCCGUGAAGCUUGGUGCGUUGGGUGCUGUUGGCAAGGGGCCAGGGAAGCCUGCGCGCUGGUUCUAUGCGACUAGUCUUCCGCCCCAGACGCCUAGUACUAAGCCUCCAGUCCGUCCUGGCAACGCAUCGCCAAACCCUUUUACAAUGCCGUCUGGUGGCGGCUCGAGCAAACGCCAGGCGGAGGACUCGAACGGAGUUGACGGCGCCAAGCGCAUCAAGUCUGAACCUGGGCCACCCCCCGAGGACUAUACCUGCAAGAUCUGCAAUGUGCAGGGCCACUGGAUCCAGGACUGCCCGCAGAAGGCCUCGAUGGACCCGUCCAAGCCUCCUCCUGGCUACGUCUGCAACGUCUGCAAAUCUACCGAGCAUUACAUCCGCGAAUGUCCUCAACGCGAGCUCGAGCGAGUCCGUGGUCCCCGGCCUCCACCUGCGGGAUACGUCUGCAAGGCGUGCGGCAAGGCGGAGGACCACUAUAUCAAGGACUGCCCUGUGGUCAAGGAGCGCGAUGCGAAUCGCAACCGGAAUAAGAAGGACCUCGGUCCUGCCGAGUGCUGGUUUUGUUUGAGUAAUCCCAAGGUCACCAAGCACCUCAUCGUCGGCAUCGGCUCAGAGACAUACGUGACACUGCCGAAGGGUCAGCUCAUCCCCACGCACGGCAAGGAGAAGCCUCUGGUCCCGGGUGGUGGUCACGUCCUCAUUAUCCCCAUCGCACACCACCCCACGCUCCUUUCCAUUCCUACGGCUGACGCCAUGGAGAUCAUCACCGAGAUCGAGUCGUACAAGUCGGCUCUUCGUCAGUGCUACGCACAGUACAGCUCAGUUCCCGUGUUCUUCGAGGUCGGCCGCCUGGCUGGCCGCGGAGGACACGCACAUGUGCAGGUCGUCCCUGUGCCGAGUGAUAUGGCGGACAAGGUCUUUGACGCGUUCACCAAGGCAGGCAAGUCGUACGGGUUGAACUGGGAAGACGAUCCCGAGCGCGCACUUUCGCAAGUCGGCCCUGCUGGUAACUACUUCAAGGUCGAGUGCCCCGGCGGGCGCAAGAUGGUGCACCUGCUCAGGAACAACUUUGACCUGCAGUUUGGGCGUAAGGUUCUCGCUGAGUUGCUUGACAUCGAUGACCGCGGCAACUGGCAGGACUGCAUUCAGUCCGACGCCGAAGACAAGGAGGACGCGCUCAAGUUCAAGGCGGCUCUGAAGCCGUUCCUCCCGAAGUAA